AACACAUAUUUAACAUCAUAUGAUUUUGAUUUUCCUGCUAAUUUGCAAUGGUCAGAAAAUUCUUCAGAAAAUAUUUAUAUAUCAUUUCAAAUUAUAUUUAUGCUAGUUGACAAGUGUGGAAAAAGAGUAGGUACUUAAAAUUUGCAAAGGUAUGGUAGAGGAAGUGAAAGGAGGACAGAAAGAAAUGAGAAUGUAGGAGGAAAGAGAACAGAGGGGGAGGGAGAGAGAAAAGGAGGGAGGAGAAAGAAGAGGAGGUGAGAAAGAGAGAGAGAGAGAGAGAACCACAGGAAAGAUUUAUAGUGUUCAUUUCAUUUCACAAUAUAGAUUAGAGUGUUUCUCUAAAAUACGGGAUCUUUGAACAUCUGCUGUGUAUCCCAUCUCUGUUCUUCCCAUCAGAAUCAUCAACUAUAUGGAAUCAGAAAACUAAACAGAUGUAGCAGAAUUCCUCCUCCUAGGCUUCUCAGAGAAUCCAGAACUGCAGCUUCUUCUCCUUGGAAUGUUCCUGACCAUGUACCUGGUCACCGUGCUUGGGAACCUGCUCAUCGUCUUGGCUGUCAACUCAGACUCUCACCUCCACACCCCCAUGUACUUCUUCCUCUCCAACCUGUCCUUCAGUGACAUCUGUUUCAGCACCACUACGGUCCCCAAGAUGCUGGUGAACAUUCAGACACAGAGCAAAUCCAUCAGUUACACAGGCUGCCUUACCCAGAUCUGCUUCUUCCUGGUUUUUGCUUGUUUGGAAAAUUGUCUCCUUGCAGCAAUGGCCUAUGACCGCUAUGUGGCCAUUUGUCACCCACUGUGGUACACGGUCAUCAUGAACCCCCGCCUCUGUGGCCUGCUGAUUCUAUUCUCCUUGGUCAUUAGCAUCAUGAAUGCCCUGCUCCACAGUCUGAUGGUGCUGCGUCUGUCCUUCUGCACAGAUCUGGAAAUCCCCCAGUUUUUCUGUGAACUUCCUCAGGUCCUCAAGCUUGCCUGUUCUGACACCCUCUUCAAUAACAUCCUGUUAUAUUUUAUGACUAGCAUUUUGGGUGCUGGAACCUUUCUUGGGAUCAUUUUCUCUUACCUGAAAAUUGUCUCUUCCCUCCUGAAAAUGCCUUCAACAGGAGGAAUGCAUAAAGCUUUUUCUACUUGUGGGUCUCACCUCUCAGUUGUUUCCUUGUUCUACGGGACAGGUUUUGGGGUGUAUCUUAACUCUGCAGCUACUCUCUCCUCUAGGAAAAGUGCAGUUGCAUCAUUGAUGCACACCAUGGUCACACCCAUGCUGAACCCCUUCAUCUAUAGCCUGAGGAACAAGGAAAUGAUGGGCACCUUGAGGAAACUCAUCUCUAAAAUAUCUUCUUUCCAUUAAUGUAUCACGUGCUCAGGGCUUAAAAUGUUUGUCUUUGUUAUCUAGUGCUGUUAUGAUAGAAAUAUCUCAAAUGAGUGGCUUUGACAAGCAGAGGUUUAUUGGCUGGCAGUCUAGUAGACUAGAAGUCUGAAUUCAAGGCGUCAGCUCUAGGGGAAGGCUUUCUCUCUCUGUCAGCUCUGGAGGAAUGUCCUUGUCACCAAUCUCCCUCUGGUUGGUCAAGAAGCUUUCCCAUGUGGGGACCCCCGGGUCCAAAGGACAUGCUAUGUUCCCAGUGCUUCUUUCUUGGUGGCAUGAAGUCCCCCUGUCUCUCUGCUCAUUUCUCUCUUUUGUGUCUUCCAUCUCAAAAGAGAUUAGCUUAAACACAAUGUAAUCUUGUAGAUUGAGUCCUGCCUCAUUAACA